AUGUCUUCUUCUGUACCACCUUCUUUGGUGGACAGUGAGUCAGCGUGCCGGUUCUACAGCCAUCAGAUGAAGGGGAAGCACCUCGCCAUCAAAAAGAUGAAUGAGAUUCAAAAGAACAUUGACGGCUGGGAGGGGAAGGAUAUUGGACAGUGCUGUAACGAGUUCAUUAUGGAGGGAACUCUCACACGUGUUGGUGCUAAACAUGAACGGCACAUCUUCCUCUUUGAUGGCCUGAUGAUCUGCUGUAAAUCCAACCAUGGCCCGCCACGACUCCCUGGCGCCAGCUCCACUGCUGAGUAUCGCCUGAAGGAGAAGUUCUUUAUGCGCAAAGUUCAGAUCAACGACAAGGAUGAUAAGGAAGGCGAAUACCGCCACGCCUUUGAAAUCAUCCUGAAGGAUGGGAACAGCGUGGUGUUUGCUGCCAAGUCGGCAGAAGAGAAGAACGGCUGGAUGGCGGCGCUGAUCUCAUUGCAGUAUCGCAGCACGCUGGAGCGCAUGCUGGACUCAGCUCUACUACAGGAGGAGAAGGAAGAACAGAUGAGACUGCCGGGCCCCGAGUUAUACCGCUUUGCUGAACCAGACUCUGAAGAGAAUGUGGUGUUCGAGGAGAACGUCCAGUCCAAGUCCGGGAUCCCCAUCAUCAAAGCUGGGACAGUCCUGAAGCUGAUCGAGAGGCUCACCUUCCACAUGUAUGCAGAUCCAAACUUUGUCCGCACAUUUCUGACCACGUACAGAUCCUUCUGUAAACCUCAGGAGCUGCUGGACCUGCUGAUGGAACGGUUUGAGAUCCCGGAGCCUCGGCUGUCAGAGGUGGAUCAGAUGGAGGGUGGAGAGCAGCUGCUGAGCGCUGAACUUAAACGCUUUCGUAAGGAGUUUGUUCAGCCAGUUCAGCUCAGAGUGUUGAAUGUUUGUCGCCACUGGGUUGAACAUCACUUCUAUGAUUUUGAGAGAGAUGCUCACCUGCUGAGACGACUGGAGGAAUUCAUUGCUUCAGUCAGAGGUAAAGCGAUGAGGAAGUGGGUGGAGUCUAUCACUAAGAUCAUCCAGAGGAAGAAGCAGGUGCAGGUGAGUGUUCCCAGUCACAGCAUCACCUUCCAGAACUCUCCUCCACCCAUCGAGUGGCACAUCUGUAAACCUGGAAACAGCGAACAGUUUGACCUCAUGACGCUCCACCCCAUCGAGAUCGCACGGCAGCUCACCUUGCUGGAGUCUGACUUCUACAGGGCAGUACAGCCGUCUGAACUGGUGGGCAGUGUUUGGACCAAAGAGGACAAAGAGAUCCAUUCCCCAAACCUGCUGAGGAUGAUUCGCCACACCACCAACCUGACGCUGUGGUUUGAGAAGUGUAUUGUGGAGACGGAGAAUCUAGAGGAGCGUGUAGCUGUUGUGUCCCGGAUCAUUGAGAUCCUGCAGGUUUUUCAGGAUCUGAACAACUUUAAUGGAGUCCUGGAGGUGGUCAGCGCUAUGAACUCGUCCCCGGUCUACAGGCUGGAUCACACCUUUGAGCAAAUUCCAGGCCGUCAGAGGAAAAUCCUGGAAGAGGCUCAUGAGCUGAGUGAAGACCACUACAAGAAGUAUUUAGCCAAACUGCGUUCCAUCAACCCCCCCUGUGUGCCCUUCUUUGGGAUCUACCUGACCAACAUCCUGAAGACGGAGGAGGGAAACCCCGACUUCCUACGGAGACACGGAAAAGACCUGAUUAACUUCAGCAAGAGGAGGAAGGUGGCCGAGAUCACUGGGGAGAUCCAGCAGUAUCAGAACCAGCCCUACUGUCUGAGGGUGGAGAAUGACAUCCGGAAGUUCUUUGAGAACCUGAACCCAAUGGAGGACCAGUCGGAGAAGGAUUUUACUGAUUAUCUGUUCAACAAAUCUCUGGAGAUCGAACCUCGAAAUGCCCGUUCCUUACCACGAUUUGGGAAGCGGUACACCUGUCCUCUGAAGUCUCCGGGGAUCCGCCCCACCUCAGCACGACCAGGUACCAUGCGCCACCCGACGCCACUGCAAAAUGAACCGAGGAAGAUCAGCUACAGCCGCAUCCCUGACAGUGAGGCGGAGGGCGGAGCCGUGUCCGCACCCAAUUCCCCCCGCACGCCACUAACUCCACCCCCUGCCUCCGCCGCCUCGAGCACCACAGAUGUGGGCAGCGUAUUUGAUUCACCUCAAGGUCCCAGCAGCCCCUUCCAUUCAAGGUCAUCAUCUGUCUCAUCCAUGGUCAGUUUCAGUCGGGGGGAUGAUGUUCCGGUUCCUCCUCCUGUUCCUCCUCGCAGACGCCCAGAAUCAGCGCCGGCAGAGUCAUCCCCUUCCAAAAUGAUGUCACAGAUGAUUGACAGCCCCCCAGCUGUUCCUCCUCGUCAGCCUACCUGUAAGCUCCUCCCCCCACGUUAUUCAUCAUCGCUGUCAUCCUCAUCGCCCCCAGACUCACCACCCUCCCUCCCCCCUCGGGAACCUCUUAGUUCCCCCUCGCCCCUCCACCUGCUGCCCCCUCCUCAGGGCCGUCCUCAGGCCUUCUUCCCCCCCUCCUCAGGCCCUACCCCCUCUGCCACCCCUGCCCCCUCCACCUCAUCACCCCUUCCCCUUCCAUCCCCACCACUACCCCUCCUCCCGUUGGACGGCCCCCCUGUCCCUCCUCGACACGGCCCCCCAGUCCCAAAACUGCCUCCAAAGACCUAUAAGAGGGAGGCGCUGAGCCACACCCCCCUGCUGGACACGCCUCCUGCACUCUGA